UGCCUUGGCAUAUAAAAAGGAGCGUCGCCCACAAAUCGUCUCGUUUCUCUCUCACCUUCUACCAUGGCCCCCGUCAAAUCUGCAAAAGUGGCAAAAUACACUUACGCUGAGCGUGUUCUCACUUCCAUGACGCAGCUACAGAGGGAGCACAAGAAGCAAGCAAUUAAUUUAGUGUCACUCAGAGCACAUGUCAAAAAGAUAGCCGAAAAGAAGAACGACAGACUAGGACCAAACUGGUCGAAUUGGGUAGGGAGGGCGGUUGGCAAGCUGGAGGAUGACGGUGUCCUGAUUGCGUCUGGGCCAGGAUGCGUCACGCUCACACCACGCGGAAAGAAGGCAAUUACUGCAGCGCGCCGAAGCAUCCUUUCGACUGCACCUCCUGGAACGCUUGGAUCUCCCGCCCAGGAAGAUCUUGUCACCAGGCUGGCCGUGAAAGAUCGUGGUACAAAGCGCCCUUUGAGAAAAUCUCUAGCCGUCCUCGACACCAAUGCUCCUUCUUCGCCAAACGGACCGCGAGCCAAACGUAUGCGUGUGUCUCGGGACGCUGAAAGAACGCCUAUAUCUAAGAUGACAAAGGCACAGCUGAAGGCGGAAUUAGCUUCGGUAAAGAAAGCUCACGAACUCGCUCUUCUUCGCGCUACCUCGCCACUCACUGAUCUUAGUGAUGCGGAGGGCCGUGCAAUCGAAUCCGAACGUCUACAGGAAGAGCUGAAGGAGCGCGAACAAGAAAUAGCUUACAUUCGUGCAGAGCUUGAAGACGCACGUCGCCAGGCUGAGCCUUCCGGACCGCAAAGUCCAAUGGGCAACCGCACCGAGCCGCCUACGCCCAUGAGUCCAUGCCAUGCAGCGCGGCUCCGUAGAACGCACCCGGGAGGUGUUACACGUACACAGUCGGGCACCAUCAUACCGGAUAUCAGCAGGCACCCCACUCCGCCCAGCUCUCCACCAAAUAUGGAGUAUGGAAACAUGAGGGAGGAUGAUUCAGACAUCCCUGACAUAUUUUCGUCGUCCUUGAUGCCUCAUACUGGAAAUGACGACGAGGACGACAGUCGGACCAAUCGACAGGAAUCGUUGGACGCCGUGGAGACCGCAGCGGUCCUGAACGCCAAGGUCACUGCCCUCCAACGUGAUCUUGAUCUACGUUCGGGGGAUCUCCGAAAUACCAAUAAAGCUCUCAAUGAACACCGUGCUGUUCUUGAAGAGUUCCGUACUAAAAAUGCUGCAUUAACAAAGCAAAAUGAUGACAUUGCUCAUCAACUAUCUGCCUUCAAGAUGACGGCGCAAGAUGAGACACAGAAAAAUGCCGCGCUCAUCGAUGAUCUCAACUGCUCCAUUCAGAAUCUGCGUUCGGAUAACUCGUUGCUGAAAAAUUCCAAGGUCGAACUUCUCUCGACAAAUGCCGCUCUACUAGACCAAGUCAAACAGUUGGAGUCAGCUCUGGAUGAAAGCAAAAGCACUCAAGACAGUUUGCGUAAUGAUCUGAAACUCGCUCAAGAAGAGGCAGCCACGGCGAAAGCUGAGGCUGGCGCGUUGAAAUUCGAAAAGGCGGCCCUAUUGACGGAGACUAACCAUUACAAAGCUGAGAUGGAGAAAGCUCUCAGCGAAGAGAAGGCGGUUUCUUCUCAACGCCUCGAUGCCAUUUCUAGGAUCAAAAAGGAGCAGGCGGAGCUGACCACCUCUUUCAAAGCUUGUGGAACCGAACUGGAAGCCAAAAAUGUCCAGAUCAAGGAUCUUUCUGCCACUUUGCAGGCAAAGAUUCUGCUUCUGGAUGACUCUUCGAAAAAGAUCGAAACUAUGCAAGAAGAUCUUCACAAGACCAUUGUCCACGGGCAUGAUACUCUAGAGUCUCUGCGAGCUGAGAAGGAUUCACGCAUACGCGAAAUGGAGCAAGUAACAGCCGCCGGCACGUUACGUGAGACGCAAGCUUUACUCUCCGGCCUUCGUUCGGAUCUGGAUACACAGAUUACAGCGACCAAUGCAGCACGGUCGUCCUUUGAACAGGAGCAGAUUCAAGUGGUCUCCUUGCGUGAUGAGCUGGUGGGUGUCAAGGACAGGGCUGAAGCAGCAGAGGAGGAGGUCAUUGAGCUAAGAUCAUCUAAACGUACCGAUGAAGCGACUAUAUCAAGCCUCAAAGCCAUGUUUGAACGCCUCAAGACUGCGCAGAUGGUAAUUUUCAAUGAGUUUGAGGGUCAGGUCACAGCGGCUGGACCUUCGCCCUCGUCUGGGCGAAAGGCUGUAUUCCGGUCUUGAAAAGGGAGUGUAGGUGAUGAUAAUUCAUUGUAUGAAUUCGUGGGAUCUUCCGGACUCCCAGCAUUAAUUUUCGGACGGACUUUGCAUUACGCUUCAUUUACGCUUUUGAUUUAACUUCUAUUCGUGGUGUGAAAGAUAUGCAGAUAUUUAACCUACAUAGCAACUUUCUAGUAUGGUGACUGUAUAAAUAGUAUCGUGUAGUAUUGUUUCUUAGCACAUCUAUUUCAUUGGUAACAGCUGCCAACGUGCGGCGGAG